UCGAUGGGCCGUCGGUGGAAUCCAAUCGCAGUUGAGGAUUACUCAUUCAUUCCCCUGUUAAGAUUCGAGUAUGUAAGUAAGUGAGUGAGUACCCACAGUUACAACAACUGCAUGGUCGCAGCUAUCGAUCUUCCCCAGGACACACACACUCUAACACACACUCUCACACACACACACACUAAUACUACCACAGUCUGUCUACCAACUCCGAACUGGGUGGGUGGCCCGCAUCCGCUCACUAUUCUCGCCGCUGCUGCGUCUCCGUCGUCGUUGAAUCGUCGCUCGUCAAGUCUCCGUCCAACGGGUCCGUUAAGAAAGGUGUAAAGUAUGUAAGCGUGGUUUUCGAUCGCUUCCGGUUCUGCUCUUAAGUCGGCUUGUUCAGGUGCAGAAUGCAUGCAAUGGACUAUGACAGGAGCGUGCGAUUGCGGGAGGUGGAAGGGAAGACUUGAGGGCGGGUCCAUAAUUGGGGUGCUGGGAAGUAGCGUGGAGUAUACAUGAGUGGGAGUGGGAGUGUGAGUGUGGUGAGGAGUGUCUGUUGUCUGGUUGUCUUAUCUGGGCCACUGUCCUCCUCGUCUCUGACACUCGCAGCCUGGCCGACUAGUAGACAUUUUUCUGGCAGGCAGACAGGAGAGGGGAGUGCUGGUUCUAUUGCAGACCCAGCUCAGGCGCCAUAGCGCCACUUCCUUGGGGGCAAGCCUGCAUACGGAGACGUAGAAGCUGAUUUGUUGGGGAGACGGGUCGUCGCCGGUUUUGUCCCACCCAGUUCGGUGUCCCGUGGGUUUUGGCAGGAGAUGGCACAGGCUGAGGAGCUGCGUUCGCAGACGCCGGAAACUCUCACGUCGGCCGAGGCUCCCCAGUCGGCACCAGUAAGCAAGGAGUUACCCGAGACCCCCGAGUCACUCGUAGCAAAUUUGCUGACAAGGCAAUGGAGCAACCUUUCAGACAUGGAGGAGGUGGAGUCAGGAGCUGCGAACUGCAAAAUUGAACAGAUCCUAGCAAUGUUGUCCGCACCGGCAUCAGCAGAGGAGGAGGAGGAGGAGGUCGUAUCUGAUGGGAUAGUGGCGAAAAUGUCGGAUUGCAUUGAACAACUUCGCUCAACGUCCACGUCGACAGAAGAGAAGGAGAUCACUUCUAGGAUUGUGUUCGAAUUGGCCGAUACCCAAGAGGCCGCUCGAGCGGCAGUUGGUUCUCACCCACAGGCUGUGCCUGCACUGGUUGGGCUGGUUCGAUCUGGAUCCUUGGUUGCUAGAGUGAAUGCUGCCGCAAUCCUGGGGGUGUUGUGCAAGGAAGAGGACCUGCGCGUAAAAGUGUUACUAGGGGGUUGCAUUCCACCUCUCCUGGCACUGCUGAAGUCCGAUUCUCCUGAGGCACAGACGGUGGCGGCUCGUGCCCUGAAUGCCGUGUCUCAGGGAGGUGCAAAGGAUCACGUUGGGUCGAAAAUCUUUUCCACGGAAGGGGUGGUUGUGAGCUUGUGGGAGCAGCUCCAGCCGAGACUUAGCCUGGACCCUUCUCUUCCUGGAUUGCUGACUGGAGCCCUUCGCAACCUGUGCAACAGCAGCGAAGGCUUUUGGCCUGCCACGCUGGAUGCUGGCGGUGUCGGUAUUCUGGUGAGGCUGCUGGCAUCUGGACAUGCGCAAACGGAGAGGAAUGCAGCGUCUCUGAUGGCGAGUCUGAUGUCAGCAGUUGAGGAUAGCGGUGAGCUGGUGCUGCACGCCGGAGCCAUGGGACCAUUGCUGCAGCUUUUAAGCGCCGAGGAUGUUUCAGUGCGAGCUGAAGCGGCCGGUGCUCUACAAGCUCUUUCUGCUAACAACUGGGAAUCUAGGUACGCUAUAAAAGCUGCUGGUGGGAUGGACAAGUUGAUCCGCGAAACGGUUGGCACCUCCAAGGGGGUGAUGCAAGAUAAGUUCAUCCAAGCUCUGCAGGAGAACGCUCUUGGUGCAUCUGCCAACAUACUUGGAGGUCUGCCUGCUCUGAUCGUGACUCUUGGCGAAAUUAUUAGCUCCAAGGGGCAGUCCGAAGUGAAGACAGCCGAAGCCAUCGGAGCAUUGGCGUAUGCACUCAAGGUUUUGGACGACAGUGACGAAUCAGUGGAAGCCGUACACCCUCUUCAUGUGGAGGAGGUUCUGAUGAAGCAUCUUGGGCACCACACUUCGGUGUUGAUUCAGGAGCGCACGAUUGGAGCUCUGAUGAGUCUGUAUGGCAAUGGGUACCUGGCACGGGGUUUAGAGCAUUCGGAAGGGAAGAAGAUGGUGGUUGGAUUGAUCAUGAUGGCCAGCGGUGAGAUGCAAGAGAGCCUGACGAUGUCUCUGAUGGACAUCUGUUGCGGGCACAGAGAUCUGUGGCAAGCGCUUCGUGGUCGGGACGGUGUGCAGCUUCUGAUAUCCUUGUUGGGCCAGUCUACGGAGCAGCAGCAGGAAUACGCAGCUUCGUUGCUGUCGAUCAUGACGCAAGAGAUAGAAGAGAGCAAAUGGGCCAUCACUGCAGCCGGAGGGAUCCCGCCACUGGUGCAACUUCUUGAGAGCGGUUCAGAGAAAGCGAUAGAGGAUUCGGCUGUUGUGCUUGGCAACCUGUGCAAUCACAGCGAAGAUAUUCGGGUGUGUGUGGAGACAGCAGAGGCCGUCCCUGCACUUUUGGGGUUGCUAAAGAAUGCUGGUUACAUGGGACAAGGGAUCGCAGCGAGAGCGCUGACACAACUGGUGCAGGAUUCGGAUGCGAGCACCAUUAGCAAUUUGACUGCAUUGCUAACCGAGGAGUUGCCAGUUUCGAAGGUCCACGUUCUUCACGUGGUGGGGUGCUUGCUCUCCGUGGCCUCCCAGGAGGAUAUUUUCCAGGAGGGCGCCCCGGCGUACGAGGCUCUGGAGACUUUGAUAGAGCUUCUGAGAAGCGGCAAAUGCGAGACCCAGGAGCACUCAGCUUCCGUUUUGGCAGAGAUCUUUGCUUGCAGGCCAGAUGUAUGCGAGAGCCCGGAUAUUGUGAAGGCGAUUCCUCCAUUGAUCAAGCUUGUGAGUGAAGCCAGCGAGCAGAUUGCGCUGCAGGCAGCGCGGGCACUAGGCGCUCUAUUCGGGUGCAUCAGGCAGAAUCAGAAGGUUGCGUCGGUGGGCAAGGAUGCCAUGUUGCCCUUGAUCAGUUUGGCUAGGUCUUCGAGCAUCAGUGUGGCGGAAGUUGCGACCACGGCUGUGGCGAACCUUAUGCUGGACGUGGAGAUAGCCGAAAAGGCACCUGCUGAGGAUAUCAUAUUACCCCUCACGCGAACGCUGCAGGAGGGCAGCUUAGAGGGCAAGGAGCAUGCCGCUGGAGCAGUUGCCCGGUUGCUUCGGUCUCAGCAUGUGAACGAUGUGAUGGUGGAGCGUGUGCAUCAGUGCGGCACUGUCCUGGCGCUGGUAUCUCUUCUUGCCGCUGGGAACUCGGAAGAGAGCUCGACGUCUGAAGCCCUUGAGGCUCUUGCAUCGUUGGCAAGGACAACGAGUAGAGGCGGUUCAUUCGGUCAUCCACUGUGGGCCGUCUUGGCAGAAGCCCCAUUCAGCAUGAGUCCUCUAGUAACGUGUCUUGCAGUGGGGGAGGCGACAGUGCAGGGGAAAGCCAUUGAGGUCCUGUCAAGGCUGUGUCGAGAUCAGCCAGUGGUUCUGGGCGAUCUGAUUGCCGACAAUCAGAAAUGCAUUGCAGCACUAGCGGAUCGCAUCAUUCAGUCGUCAAGCUUGGAGGUGAAGGUUGGAGGCACUGCGUUGCUGAUCUGUGCGGCAAAGGAGCACCGGCUUGUGACUAUGGUAGCUCUUCGUGAAGCUGGGUUCUCUGUGGAGCUUGUCCGAUCCUUAGUCGAUAUGAUAAGCUUCAAGUCUUUGGAAGAGACAGGGGAUGAACUUGGCACCUGUGAUAGUGAAGAGGAAGAUGUGACGUUCACUGUUGAUGAAAGUGGUGUAUCCAGGAGGAAGGAGAAAGCACAUGAUGGAGCGGAUGGGGGCGUAUUUUUGGAUUACGGGCCUGCGCAGAUAUCAGGAGGCACAGCUGCUCUGUGGUUGCUGUGUGUGAUUGCUUCAAUUGAUGGUCUGAGCAAGCUUGCAAUCACGGAAGCAGGUGCAAUCGAAGUUGUGACCGAGAAGCUUGCAAUAUUCGCACCCAAUGCUCGUGAGGCUGAAGUGGAGGACAAUGGGAGUACGUGGGUAAGUGCACUCCUGCUUGCGAUUUUGUUCUCUGACAGAGAUGUGACGCGGGCUCCUGCAAUAAUGCGAGCGAUACCAUCACUAGUUACCUUGUUGAAGUCGCAAGAGACAAUCGAUCGAUACUUUGCAGCUCAAGCUUUAGCCAGCCUGGUGUGCAAUGGCAACCGUGGCACCUUGCUGGCGGUGGCCAAUUCAGGGGCUGCAGGAGGUUUGAUUCAGAUGUUGGGCAUGUCAGCGUCGGAUAUCAGCAAGCUUGUUUCUCUGUCGAAGGAGUUUGGACUCCACGGCCAUCCCGAUGAGGUUGCACUGGAAUGGUUAUUCCGAGUGGACGACAUUCGGGUUGGGGCAACUGCUCGGAAGGCCAUCCCAAUGCUCGUGAAUUUGUUGAAGCCUCUUGCUGAUCGUCCAGGUGCUGCACCUCUUGCUCUUGGUCUGCUCACUCAGCUGGCCAACGACAACAACGUGAACAAACUUGCAAUGACAGAAGCUGGUGCUUUGGAUGGGUUAACCAAGUACUUGUCUAUCGGGCCAAAGGAUGUGAUCGAAGAAGCUACAGCAGAUCUUUUGAGGAUCCUUUUUACCUCUCCAGAGCUGCGCCGACACGAUUCUGCGGUGUGUGCUUUGGAACAGUUGGUUGCUGUUCUACGUUUCGGGAGUCGGGGCUCUCGUCUGAGUGCGGCCAGGGCAUUGCAGGAGCUGUUUGCCGCGGAGCACAUCAGAGUAGGGCAUGCAGCUGGACAAGCCAUCGCCCCGCUGGUGGAAAUGCUGAGCUCCGGAGUGGAAAAGGAGCAGCGCGUUGCUAUCAGUGCACUCAUCACGCUUUCGGAGGACAACCCUUCUAAGGUAUUGGCCAUCGCUGAUUCUGAGGCCAACGCCGUGGAGGGAGUGUGCAGGGUGCUGCUGUCGGACUGCUCGCUGGAACUGAAAGAGGAUGCUGCCAACCUUUGCCGAACGCUGGUCAACAACCCUCGAGUUCGGUCCACUCCGGAGGCAACCUGUUGCAUCUCUCCCUUGGUGGCACUGCUGGAUGUGGAUUCACCCUCUGCCCAAUACGCCGGCGCUUGUGCGCUGGACAAUCUGCUGGACGACGAGCAACAGGCUGAGGCUGUUGCUGCCAAUGGGGCCGUGAUGCCUCUGGUGGACCUAGUGGUUGGAACCAAUUUCAGUCUGCACGAGUCUGCAGUGAGUGGGCUCAUCAAGCUGGCGAAGGACCGUCCUUUAUGCAAGUUGGACAUGGUGAAAGGCGGCAUCAUUAACAACGUGCUGGACAUACUUCCGGAAGCUCCAGAUUCGCUGUGUGCACUGUGUGCGGAGCUGCUGCGCAUUCUGACGAACAACAGCAAUAUUGCCAAGGGAGUGGCGGCAGCCAAGGUUGUGGAGCCGCUUUUCUUUUCCUUGACUCGGUCGGAUUUGAGCACUUCCGGGCUGCACAGUGCAAUGCAAGUUUUGGUGAACAUUUUCGAAAAACCGCAGCGUCUGGCGAACCUGACUUUGACACCUAAUCAGGCCAUCGAGCCCCUCGUUCUGUUGCUGGAUUCCUCAUCCCAACCCGUCCAGCAGCUGGCUGCAGAGCUUCUGUCCCACCUUCUGGCGCUGGAGCAAUUCCAGCGUGACGUGUUUACGCAACAAGCGGUGGCUGCACUUGUGAGAUUGGUAGGGGUGGGAGUGCCGAGCCUGCAGAAAGAGGCGAUACGAGCAUUGGAGAGUGCGUCGAGCAGCUGGCCGAAUGCGAUCGCGGAUGCAGGGGGCAUCACUGAGCUCUCUGGUCUAUUGCUGCAGACGGAUCCACAGCCGCUUCACGCUCUGUGGGAGGCAGCAGCCCUGGUGCUGUCAAACGUGCUUCGGUUUAGUUCCCAAUACUACUUUAAGGUGCCUCUAGCAGUGCUGGUGAAGUUGUUGCGGUCCAGCAACGUGGCAAUAGUAGUGGUGGCGUUGAACGCCCUGAUUUUGCUGGAGAGGGAAGAUUCGUGCAGCGCUGAGGGCAUGGCCGAGGCAGGAGCCGUGGAAGCCUUGUUGGAGCUGCUGCGGUGCCACCAGUGUGAGGAAGCGGCAGCCCGUCUUUUGGAGGCUUUGUUCAACAACUUCAAGGUGCGGGAUGCGAAGGCGGCGAGGCUUGCAAUCUCGCCAUUAUCGCAGUAUUUGCUGGAUCCUCAGACGCGCACACAGCCGGCUCGCCUUCUGGCAGCUCUUGCUCUUGGUGACUUAUUUCAACACGAAGGCCUGUCCCGCAGCAGUGAUGCAGUUUCAGCCUGUCGAGCACUAGUCAACCUGCUGGAGGACCAGCCGACCGAGGAGAUGAAGGUAGUAUCGGUGUGCGCAUUGCAGAACGUGGUGGUCAGCAGCCGUGCGAACAAGCGAGCUGUCGCAGAGGCUGGGGGUGUUCAGGUGGUUCAGGAGCUUUUGGCGUCUAGCAACUCGGAGAGCGUAGGGCAAGCAGCUAUAUUGAUCGGGCAGUUGUUCGCAAAUCACACGAUACAAGAAUAUGCUUCCAGUGAAAUGAUCCUGGCUCUAGCAGCUGCCCUGGAGAAGGAUCUCUGGGCCACCGCCUCUGUGAAUGAAGACGUUGCAAGGGCAUUAACCGUGAUGCUGGGAAACUUCCCCCGACUGCGGUCGACUGACGAGGCCACGCAGAGCAUUGCACAGCUAGUGGGUGCUUUGAAGGCUGGAAACGAGGUAGCACAGGAAGCUGCGCUGGAUGGUCUGUUCCUGCUGCAGGAGGACUGGGCAGAUAGUCCCGCGGAAGUAGGGAAGGCGCAAGCCAUGGCCGCAGCCGAAGCGAUACCAAUUCUUCAGUACUUGGUUAGAGAGGGGCCGCCACGGUUCGUCGAGAAGGCUGAAAUUCUACUGCAAUGUUUACCUGGCAGCUUGGUGGUGACCGUGAAGCAAGGUCUUAACCUGAAGCAAUCCGUGGGGAGCACAAACGCCUUCUGCAAGUUGACACUUGGCAAUGGUCCCCCACGUCAGACAAAGGUUGUGAAUCAAAGCGUGUCUCCGCAGUGGAAGCAAGGUUUUGCAUGGGCGUAUGACUAUCCACCCAAAGGACAAAAGCUUCACAUCUCUUGUAGAAACAAGGGUGCUUUUGGCAAGGGUUCGUUAGGAAAGGUGACUAUUCAGAUAGACAGAGUUGUGAUGCAGGGAACCAUUAGUGGGCAGUAUACAUUGCAACCUGAGACGAACCGGGACGGAACGCCGAGAACUUUAGAAGUGGAGUUCCAAUGGUCCAACCGAUGAGAGCCUUGGUAUAAGUUAUAUGAUGAUGGGAAGUAGUUUGUGUAGUUUAGUUUCACAGUUUAGUUUAGUUUAGUUUGUGUAGAGUAUGGAAAGUCACCAGUGAUACAGAAGAAGGGACCCCACAUUAGUGGCUUUUGCUGCCGUGAACCAGAGUUCGUUAUCACCUAGAAGGCUCUCACGUGUAAUUACAUAUAAGGUCUGCUAGGAGGCACUUUGAGUAAAUCUCUAGUCUCUUUUAAAUCAAUUUGUAUUAUUUUGCAGCUCUUUAUAGUUGGGUAUUAAUAUUAAUUGUAGAAAAAAAUUGGUUCUAUUGUAGAGUUUUCUUCUAAAUUGUGUGAGAGUCUUUUUGUAAUUCAAAAUACAAAUGUGAAGCCAUCUUUGUCUAUGCCA